CUUUAGGCCAGGGCAGAGUGCGCGCCAUAGCUUGGAGAAAGUAUUUCCCUGUGAGUGUCCAACUAUAUAAAGGAACCGCACCGCUGGCAUCACUAUCAUUUCUCAGCUUGCAAUCCACAGCAGCUCAGCAAACUCACUCAAUCACAAUGGCCUUUAAGUUUGUCGUGUUCGCCGCCUGCCUGGCCGCCGCCAACGCCGGAGUUGUCGCUCCCCUGUCCUAUGGCGCCCCCGCUGCCUAUGCUGCGCCCGCCUAUGCCAGCUACGCCGCCCCCGCCGUCUCGGCCGUCUCCUCCAACACCCUCCGCAGCUUCGGCAAUGUCGGCCAGGUCAGCACCUACAGCAAGGCCCUCGACACUCCCUUCUCCAGCGUGCGCAAGUCUGACAUCCGUGUGACCAACGACGCCCCCGCCUACGCUACCUACGCCGCCCCCGCUUACACCAGCUACGCCGCUCCCGCCUACGCUAAGGUCGCCGCCCCCGUGUCCUACGCCGCCCCCGCCCUGGCUCACACCGCCUACGCCGCUCCCGCCUACGCCAGCUAUGCUGCCCCCGCCAUCACUAAGGUCGCCACCCCCGUUUCCUACGCCGCCCCUGCCCUGGCUCACACCGCCUACGCCGCCCCCGCCUACGCUAGCUAUGCUGCUCCCGCCAUCGCUAAGGUCGCCACCCCCGUGUCCUACGCCGCCCCCGCCCUGACCCACACCGCCUAUGCCGCUCCCGCUGCCUACGCCGCCCCCGUCGCCAAGGUGGCUUCCCCCGCCCUGCUCGGAGUUGCCUACUCCGCCGCCCCUGCCGUCGCCCACAUGACCUUCCAGGGUUACGGAAUCAACUAUGCCUACUAAGUAGUUGUUACCCGUUUUGACCCGACGAUUGUGCAGAGCCUAAAGACUUUUGUACAUAGCCUACUGUGAUUGCACUAUUACUUUUGUGUUUUUGACUUCCUUCCUCAUCAUUACAUGUUUUCCUCACACAGAGCAUUUUGUUAUUAUUGAGAGGAUCAUUGUAUCGCCGAACUCUCAUCCAUGAGGCGCAUCGCACAUCUCGCCAAUCUAUUUCUUAUUGUUUCAAUUGCACAAUAAAAAAUCGCCUGAAAUAUUAAUAAUA